UUGCUGGGCUGGUAGAAAAUGCACUAGUGUUGACAGGUUUUUUAUUCCCAGUUUUAUCUGAAAAGAAACGGAUUUGACUAACCCUCUUUCUGUUAUACUGUGUGCUCAAUGACGGGGGUUUGUCUAAUAGGAAAACAGGAUUCAACUGUAUUCAAUCUUCAGUCAAAGUAUAAGUUAACUUCAGGUAGCUAACUACAGCUUAGAUGAGUGUGAGCGAAGCUAGGAGCUAAGUAGCAAGCAGAAAACCAGCUGUUAAUCAGUGAACAAGCAUAAACGGUAAAACUCUGAAGAGCCUUCUCCAGCUGUUUUGGGAUCACAGGUCUUUUUAAAAUGGAUGUCAGCAUUGCUGUGUCACUGAUUCGAGGCCAGAUGGGCACCGUGGUUGAACGGGCCGUGAAUGGAGCGGUGGAGACGGUUCUGGCGGAGAUGCUCAAAGUGGUUGGAGUCAAAUUUGAGGAACUGAAAGCCCAGGUGGCGCUGAUGAAGAGGGACAUCACGGCACUGCAGAGGGAGAAAGCCCUAAAAGAGAAGGAGAAUGACAAUAUUAGAGCCAAGCUGCGUUACACCGAGCUGAAACUGAAGUACUACAGGCAGGGGGUGGAGGAGGAGCUGCAGCAGAGAGCCUCUGCUUCCACUCUGGUCCGCAUCCACCCGUCCACCUUCUCCCAAACACAGAGAGGUGAUGCAAGCCUUUCUCCUACUGAGACUUCGCCAUCAUACUCAGUUCAGACCAGGACCGCUGAGGGAGCACCGACGAGGAGCAGUCAAGAAUUAAUCUCUUCACAAAGCACAACCUCGCGUACCAUUAGAGUGCGCUGUCAUUCAGAUGUGGGAUUUGCGAGCUCCGACUCAUCUGACCUGCUGCUGCCUGUCUCACUCUCUGUGGACGCACCUUCAGAGUCUCUGGACAGCAGCACAGUUCUGUUCUGUCUCACAGAGCGAGACACUGCAGAGAGCGUGGGCGCUGUUGUGGCCCCUCCUCCCAUCCAGGCCCCGAGUCUGGAUCCAGGGUCCCCAGAUGUUUCCACACAGGCUGAUAGCUCCACACUGCCCUCCUCUGCUGCACAGGUGAAGCAGGAGCAGCUGCAGCAGCAGGAGGAGGUGAUCUGUAUCAAGGAGGAGCCAGAGGAAGAGCAGGAGGUGAUGGCCACCUUACUGUUGGACUGCCAGGUGAAGCAGGGUCAUCUUUCAGAGUCAGAGGCUCAGAGUUCAGUGACAGAGUGGUCAGAUCUUCCAGCAAGCCAGAGAAAUCACACUGCAACUCUCAGCUCAGCCGGGCCAAGCACCUACUUGACGGUUCAGCCACCAGCCUCCCUGCCAGCGAUGGGGAACUUACCGUCCGGCAUCCCACCUCGUCAGGCAGUGCGGCCGUGGGCUAAAGACCUUAGCCUUUAUGAGGAAUACAAACUGCGCAGGAAUGAACUCCGCCGGCGAAGUCUCAACAGACGCAGAGAGCUGGAGAAAACGUUGCCUCAGCCGCUGCUGGCUGACCUGGUGCGAGAGCGUCGAGAAAAGACCAGACUGAGGGUGGCCAGAUGGAGGGCCAAAAGGAAACUCCAGGCCUGUCUGAACCAGGCUCAGGCUCAGAGUGGAGCUGCAGGUCUUUCUCAAACUGCCUUUCCCAUCAGCAGCCAGCAUCAGGAGCUCAGAGCAUCAUGUGCUUCCACCUCCACGCCUCAGCAGAGACAGAGCUCCACACUGCCUCAGUCCAGCAGCUUCCUCAGCAACAUGUCAGCAGCAAACGGCAUGUCCACCUCUCUCCCCUUCAUAACCUCCUCCUCCUCCUCGCUGCUCCUGAGAGGUCCCAGCGUGACUUCACAUCAGCGUACUGUGACAUCAACGUCGUCCUCCUCCUACCCCCAGGUCAGCCUAUCACAGCAGAGUAUUUCUCUGACGGACGCAGAUAUCUUACAGUGAGAUUUCAGAAUUGUGAAUUUGCACCGAGAGUUUAAGAAUGUAUUUGUCGAAUGUGUCACAGCCUUGAUGUUCAUGAGGGCUCAGAACUAAUCUGCAGAAUGUUGUUGGCUUUAGAGUUUUGUUGAUCAAAACUAUGGCGAAAAAUAUCAGUUUACAACCUGUCUGAAGUUAAAGUAAACAUAAUCCGUGAAAACAAGAACUAUGAUAAAAUGUAUUUCGUUUUUGUUAAAAACUAAAUAACGUGAAAAAGUAAGAUAAGUAAGAUAAAUGAUAACGUUAAGAAGCACAUUGUAUUCUGUGUCUGUCAGUAAUCUUACCUGUUGUUCAUGGAAGGAACACAUUAUCACCUACAUUCAUCCACAAUCCACUGAGUAUUAGAUAAGAAGCAGCGACAAAACAGCCAGGAAACACAUCCAGCCUAGCAGCUGUGCAUCUAUAAAAAGAUAAUGAUAAUGUAACUUCAUCAAUUUUCUUUCAGUCGUAUUUUUCGUGUUGACGUCAGAAGCAUUAAGUAAGUUCCAGCAUUAAUGUCGGCCAUCGAGCGUCUGUAACUUCCUCUAGAUGUUCGCUAAAGUAUAUCAGUAUAUUAUUAUGUUUCAGCGUCUCCUCUGGAGUUAAACCCAGACAAUGAACAGUUUUAAAAACAGAGCCUUACACGCUAAAACUUAGGUCACUUCUUUACUGAGCAUAGCAUCAGUUACAGGUAACAUCAGAAGACCAAAACAGUCACUGUAGACUCAUACAUAAAAUGUAAAUUAUUCAAAUACAAACAUUUCAACAACAUUCAGAAUGUUAUACAAACCUGUUCUUCUAUAAACAUAAAUGAUUGUAAUUUGGCACUUUGGAUUUAAAUGUAUAUAAGUAUGUGUGUGU